AUGAUAACUGAUUACAGGGAAAGAGAAGCAAUGUCCUUUGAUAUUAAUGACCUCAAAAAUCGGUACAAUAUGGUAUGCACGAAUAUCAAUGUAUUAACCAUGCACAACCGUGUUCAAACAAAUGAAAGCAGUAUUUUAAAAAAAAUAGACGCCUUUGCCGAUGGCGUUGCAACAAGCGCCCAAGCCAUUGCAGGGACCAACUUGGAGUUCCUUGAUGUAACUGCAGAAAAUCAACAUCGCCUGAAUUACGUUGGCCUUGUCGGUUGUUGCACUGCUGCCCUUUGGAAAAUAUCUGCAUGCUUCCCACGGGAGAAGAUAAGAAGAUGGCUGAAUAAUGUUAUAAGAGUCUUUUGGAUGAAUGUCAAAAAAUGGGCAUUCGGUUCCAAUGUGGCCAUUGCUGAAUAUUUCAGAAGAAAAUGGCACAAUUUCUUGGGAUGGGGAAGAAAGAAAAAAGUAAAAAUUGGUUCAAUUGAAGGCGGGACGAUGAAUGAUAACCUCGAAUAA